AUGGCUCAACGGCGUGAAGGCAAAAGCAGCGAUGAGUCUACGAACUCGGAAGCUCUGUCUAUCGCACAGAACGCGAGAAUUUCCCAACGAUUUUUAGCAACGAAUCUCGGACUCAUGACAGACUCGGUUAUUCUCAAACGCUCUCUUAGUUUGAAUUCUGUUAUUUCGACAGCCUCUUCCUUCAGCAUCCGUUUUCAAAAUGCCCGCUCUCAACCCAACCUUCAAUACCUCAACCAAAUUGGAUCUGGGCUGCAAGGAGCCGUGUUUGAACAAGUUGGGAAGCCUCUGGCCCUCAAGAAGGAAAGCCCAGGAAAUGAGAAGCUACGGUCAAAUCUCUCUCAUGAGCAUACAAUCCACCGUGGUGUUUCCGCCACAUUCGAAUAUUAUCAGUCUAUCAACACCGAAGUUCAUGUUCCGAAACCUCUCAGGUUUAUCUCAAAGGAAGAGAACAGUGCUUUCUGGGAUGAGAUUUUACCAAAAACCCCUGAGCCUUACCGCGUGCGCGGUGACCUUGUGAUGAUGGAACGCAUUCUUCCUUUACCAAAAGUCGUGCGAAAAGCCUUGAUUUCCCAGUUCUGCGCCCCCGAACAACAUCUUAAUGGCACUGAAAUCGAAGCCAUCCUCAAUAAUCCUCAAAACAAGCACUGCCUUGCCCGGGUUUACCUCGGCAACGCGAAUGGUACCAUUGACCGCAAGACUCCGCUAAGAAACUUUCCUCUGUGCCUUGACCCAAUGGAGCAGAUCGGCAUCGAGACUGUCCCUCUUGCAAAUGCGAUGGGCAAAGCCUACGCAACCUUGAACUGGGGUGGGGCCAUCAACGGUGAUGAUGUGGAGUUUGUGUUGGGGACAUCGGCCACAGCGGCCCAGGGAACAGACCAUGCGCCGAACUUUCAGCACCGUGCCGUUCAGCUGUAUCUCUUGGAUUUCGGACAAUGCGAGGUGGUAGAUCUAACUCAGGAUCCCGAUGUUGUUUAUCAAGCUUUUAAAGGAGCCAUGGUGACAGGGGAUAACCAGCGGUUUAUUCCACAUUACUCGAGGAGCCCAGCACUGUUCGCAACAUUCCGACAGGGGUACAUUGAAGCAGGCAAUAUCAUUUUAUCAGACAAGAAGCUGGAUACCAAAUUCAAUAUGGAGGACUUCAUGCAAGAGUAUGAGGAGUACGCCGAGGACUUCCUGUGA